AUGGGCUGCGGGUUCAGCAAACAAGUGGAAAAUGUGCCACGACACGUAUUUUCAUUCCCUCGAAAGACUUACAUCAAGCUCAAAGACACCACCUCGCCUGAUUACAGCGCAGGAGACUAUACCCCGGACCCACGACCAUUCCCCUAUUUCGACCGCGAAGUCAUCUUCAAAGAAGAAACAACCGCCCUGAAAUCGCUGCAGGGAUUCGAAGCCAGCCCUGGCCAGGAAGCACCAAUGCUAUGGGCCUAUCCUGAAAUGUACUUCGGCUUUGACUACAGCGCACAGAAUGGGGUUGGGGGUGUUUCUGAACAGGAUACGGGCCCGCAUCUGAUCAUCACGGAUCGAGAUAAGAAUAUCGUGGGCGUGGUUACGUAUUCUCUAGACGAAAGGGGGAACUUGGUCAGGGCUGCGAAGCGGGUGGUUCUCGUUGAAGUGCCGAGUAGGAGGAGGAUGUCUUGUUGGGCGUGGCGCCGGGGCCUUCAGCGGCAAUUAACGGAUAUUAAGGAGGAAGAUUGA